CUCCAAAUAGACAGUACGCCUUCAUUAAUGUUCUUUAUAAAGCAAUAUAUCCAGGCGUUCCCUCAUUCAUACAGAACUAGUGCUGGACACAGAGACCUUAGCAACUAAAACCCAAAGUUUCUCGCUGUAAGUACAGUUUGCUGAGACACCUUUCUCAUUUCCCAGUUCCUAGUUUCCACUGAUAUCAAAAUCAGAACCUCUCUCUCUCUCUCAAUCUCAUGUCCAUUACCCCCCUUUGCUUUUUCUCUAUCACUCUUGUUUUCCUUUCAAGUAAGUGAUGGAACAGACAGAAGAGUCCAAUGCUAACAAGAAAUGCACCAAAACGAGAAGUUUCAGGGACACAGCCAAUCCUCACAAGCAUCAGUAUCACUAUCAGCAUCAGCUACUACAGUACUCAAAUCAGUAUGGGUUCUGCAACCAGAACCAGCAUCAGAGAUACUACCCAGCUCUGCUUCCUCUACCCACUCAAAUGCCAUUUCAGCUAACUUUACCUCCUCUCCCUCAAAACCAUGGCUUCAGGACAAAAACCCAUCUCCACAAACCUUCAUGCAAGCUGAAUAACCCUCCUCUUGCCGCCUCCUCAGAUACCCAGGUCCAAAAUGUCGCAAUUUCACCGGCUCCGGAGGGACUCCAAAGGCCAAAAAGCUUACCCCGUAAAGGAGAUAGUGGAAGAGGUGUCAUAGGUGCAAGGCAACCUCAAUCACUAGUGGCUGCAAGGAGACCAGAUUCUGGCGGCAUAGAAGGGCCAGUUAUCUCUCUCCUCGCCAACCAUUUUCUUGUCCGAUUUGAUUCAUCACAAAGAAUUUUUCAUUACAAUGUUGAAAUCUCACCUAAUCCCUCGAAAGAGGUUGCCCGAAUGAUCAAACAAAAACUGGUCAUGGAGAAUCCAGUUAUGCUUUCUGGUGCUUUUCCGGCCUAUGAUGGUCGAAAGAACCUUUACAGCUCUGUUGAGUUCCAAAAUGAUAGGCUUGAAUUCUAUGUAAGUCUCCCAAUCCCCACUAACAAGACUACUUUGCCAAAUAGAGAAUUCAAUGACUUGCUAGAUAAGCAUCAAAAGCUUAAACUAUUUCGGAUAAACAUCAAACUUGUAUCAAAAUUUGAUGGAAAGGAGCUAAGUAGUUACCUAAGCAAGGAGGGAGACGAUUGGGUCCCUCUUCCUCAAGAUUAUCUCCAUGCUUUGGAUGUUAUUUUAAGGGAAAGCCCGACUGAGAAGUGUAUUUCUGUUGGGAGAUCACUGUAUUCGAAUUAUAUGGGAGGAACUAAAGACAUUGGGGGUGGAGCUGUUGGAUUGAGAGGGUUCUUUCAGAGUCUUCGCCCAACCCAACAAGGGCUUGCACUCAAUGUAGAUUUCUCUGUGACUGCUUUCCAUGAGAGCAUUGGAGUAAUCCCCUACUUGCAGAAGCGUCUAGAAUUUCUUCGGGACCUUUCUCAAAGGAAGACUAGGGGUUUAACUGGUGAAGAGAAGAAGGAAGUGGAGAAGGCAUUGAAGAACAUUAGGGUCUUUGUUUGCCACAGAGAAAGUGUUCAGAGAUACCGGGUCUAUGGCUUAACAGAUGAAGCUACUGAAAAUCUUUGGUUUGCAGACAGGGAUGGGAAGAACCUAAGGCUGGUGACUUACUUCAAGGAGCAUUAUAAUUAUGAUAUACAGUUCAGAAACUUGCCGUGCUUGCAAAUUAGUCGGAGUAAACCAUGUUAUCUUCCUAUGGAGCUUUGUAUGAUCUGUGAAGGUCAGAAGUUUCUCGGGAAGCUUUCUGAUGAUCAAACUGCAAGAAUACUUAAGAUGGGUUGCCAACGACCAAGAGAGCGAAAAGCCAUUAUAGACGGAGUCAUGAGAGGACCUGUUGGGCCAAAAAGUGGGAUCCAAGGAAGAGAAUUCAAACUCCACGUAUCAGGAGAAAUGACACGAUUAAAUGGAAGAAUUCUACAACCUCCCAAGUUAAAGCUUGGUGAUGGUGGCCAUGUGAGAGAUCUUACUCCCUCCCGCCAUGACCGACAGUGGAACCUUUUAGAUAGCCACGUUUUUGAAGGAGCUCAAAUUGAAAGGUGGGCACUGAUAAGUUUCGGUGGCACCUCCGAUCAGAAGUCCUACAUUCCAAAAUUCAUAAACCAAUUAUCACAGAGGUGUGAACAACUAGGCAUCUUUCUCAACAAAAACACGAUAGUUCGCCCUCAAUUUGAAUCAACCCAAGUUCUUAACAAUGUCUCUCUUUUGGAGUCUAAACUCAAGAAAACGCACCGAGCGGCAUUAAACAAUCUACAGCUGCUUAUUUGUGUAAUGGAGAAAAGACACAAAGGUUAUGCAGAUUUGAAGCGAAUUGCAGAGACAAGCAUAGGGGUUGUCAGCCAGUGCUGCUUAUAUCCGAAUCUCAGCAAGUUGAGUUCUCAAUUUCUGGCAAAUUUGGCACUCAAGAUCAAUGCCAAAGUUGGCGGAUGCACGGUUGCCUUAUACAAUUCAUUACACUCUCAAAUCCCACGUCUACUCCAGUCUGAUGAGCCAGUGAUUUUUAUGGGUGCUGAUGUGACACACCCUCACCCGCUUGAUGAUUUCAGCCCAUCCGUUGCGGCCGUGGUUGGCAGCAUGAAUUGGCCGGCAGCAAACAAGUAUGUUUCAAGAAUGAGGUCCCAAACACAUCGACAAGAAAUCAUCCAAGAUCUUGGUGCAAUGGUUGGGGAAUUGCUUGAGGAUUUUUACCAGGAAGUAAACAAACUCCCCAAGAGAAUAAUUUUCUUCAGAGAUGGGGUUAGUGAAACCCAAUUUUAUAAAGUGCUCCAAGAGGAGCUGCAAGCAAUUAGAGGGGCAUGUUCUAGAUUCCCUGAUUAUAAACCUCUCAUCACUUUUGCUGUAGUCCAGAAGAGGCAUCACACAAGGUUGUUUCCCUUCGAAAAUGAUCCAUCUUCCACACAAACACCGUUUUCCGAUGAAAAUAUUCCUCCAGGGACAGUGGUUGACACUGUGAUUACUCAUCCGAGGGAAUUUGAUUUCUAUCUUUGUAGUCACUGGGGGGUGAAAGGAACAAGCAGGCCAACCCACUACCAUGUCUUGUGGGAUGAAAGCCAGUUCACUUCUGACGAACUACAGAAGCUCGUUUACAAUCUCUGCUACACAUUUGUGAGAUGCACCAAGCCAGUUUCUUUGGUGCCUCCGGCUUACUAUGCCCACCUCGCUGCAUACAGAGGCAGGCUUUACCUUGACCGCGCAGAGCCCUCAGCUUACAUGAGAAGCUCUCCAACACUCUCCCGAGCUGCCCCCCCUAAAGCAACCCCUCUACCGAAACUUAGUGAAAAUGUUAAGAAACUCAUGUUUUACUGCUGAUUUUUCUUGCUGCAAUUGCAUUCAGAAUUCUAACUACAUAUGACCUAUAUACACUUUGGAUUCCUCAGAGAUGUAGGCUAAGAAGACUCGAUUCAAGAAAUGUACGUGUCAUGUGCGGCCCUCUUGAUUAUGCAAACUGUAGGAAAACAUUCUGAUCAUCUUUAUCGAGAAAGUUACAGUUUGCAAGAA